AUGAAUGUGUCAAAGUGCAUGAGAUUAGCAUCUCAAUUAAAGAGUGUUAAUCGAAAGCCAGUCAGAAUGUUUUCGUCAGAGAUAAAUAAUUAUUUCAAGAGAGUACUCAAGCAUGAGACUCCACCAAAGGAAACACCCUUUUCUGUUGAGAGAGAUAUCGAGAUCAACCUUCAGCAUGCUGAGCUCAUGAGACAAAGACUCGAAGAAAUAUCGAAGAGGAAUGAGUAUAGGGAGAUUCUUGGAAUGAAGGAUUAUCAAUUAAAGGACUAUAAGUUCCAAGGAGCUUUAAAUGAUACCCCUGACUAUCAGGGAAUAAUUACCGGAAAAAUCCCCCAAGAUAAGAUCGAAGCAAAUAGAUACGAGCUUGAAAUAGUGAACAAUCUUAAUCCAAGACAUGAAAUUGUAGUUUUUAAUCUUCCUUAUGAUGCUACUAAAGAAGAGAUUCUGCCAAUAUUCGAUAAGCACGGAGUUGUAAAUAGUGUUGAACUGAAUCAAAAAGCUUGAUAUGCAAUUGUCACCUUCAGAAAGCAAGAUUCUUUAGAAAAAUGCAUGAAAGCUCCAAACGAAAUAUGGAUAAGAGAUAAGCUUCUCAGACUUAGAAGCAUUGAACAUGCUGAAGAAGAAAGCUUAAAAAACAGGACAGUUGCUAUCUCUAAACUUCCAAGAUGGGCAACAGAAGCGGACAUUUCAAAACAUUUGACUGCAUUUGGAAAUGUGAUGUACAUUGAUAUGCCUAAAACAGAUGCAAGAAUUGAACAAAUUAGAAGAAAUGCUCCUAACAUUGAGAAUGAGCAAAAUAUUCAGAGAACAUAUGAAGAGGGACUUAAAGUAGCUGAUGAAUUAUUCACCAGGCUUAAGUAUAUUGAUGAUCCUCUUUUAAAUUUUGAAGUAAAUAUGGAAGAUUUUAAACCAAUGACUGAAAAUCCUUCAGAAAAGACGACCUUGGCAGAAAAAGUAUUAAACUUCGAUAAAGAUCUCUACAAUGAUCAAGUUAACAACACUAUGAGUCAGGCUCCUCCCUCAGAUCUGAGUAUCAUUAAUAAUGAGAAAAGAAUGAAGAUUCUUACUCUCUGUACCAUGGUCUACAACGAGAAUCAGCUAGUUAAUAGUACUAUCAAUGAUUUAAAAAUUGAAAGAGACAACAUUGUGAGUAGGCUGAAUAACGUCAUGGAAUAUCCAGAAAUCCCUGGAAACAAAAACAAUGAAAGCUUUAUCACUGCUGAACAAAUUCAGACUCUCAAGAGUUAUUUGAGCUAUGUUGAUAAGAAUCAUGAUUCUCUUCCUCCAGAAAUCAUCUCAGAAGUGAGAGAAAACAAGGCUUUCCAAGUUAUUAGAGAUUAUCAUAUUGAAAGAUCUGGAGAAUUACCUUCUGACAAUAAAGUUUUGAAAGAGGCUCUCGAAGCAAGGAUCUCAAAAUCUCAUGGCAACCUUCAAAAAGAGUUGGCUGAUGGGUAUCAGUGGCUCCUUCAAUCUCUUGAAAGAAGAGAGGAAGUCUUAAAGCAUCGUCUAGAUAGACUCCUUGCUGAUUAUGGAAAGAAGGAUAGAAUUUUAGUCACAGACAAAGAUUUCAACAAUGAGAUGGAAGAUAUUAAAUUCAGGAAGUAUGGAGAAGGCCCUGACAAACUUAAAAUAGAAGAUAUUAUUUCUAUUUCAGAGCAAAUGAGAAACAUCUCAGAAUGGAAAAAGCCUAAAACACUUGCAGAAUUAGAGAAGAGAACAGAAUAUGAAGGAAUUUUUAGAGAUGGAACUCCUAACUUUUCAGAAUAUGAUAUUAAUUUCUCUGAAGUUACUCCAAGGACUGUGAAUCUUCUUAUGAGAAGAGAAGUGUUAGAAAAUGCUCAAUUCGAUCCAAAUACUUUCCAUUCCAUUGUCCCUAACAAUUAUGAUCCCCAAGUUAUGAGACAAAUCAUGAGAAAAGUGAAUAAAAUGAGAAAAGAGCUUGAUACCCCAUUUGAUGAAAUGUAUCAUAAGGAAAAAGCACUCAUUGAUAAUAUUGUGAAAACAGAGAAAGAGCUACUUGAAGCCCAAGAAGCAGCAGAGACUGCUCUUCAAGAAUCGAAUAGAUCCAUUGAACACCUGUUCGAUAAUAAUGUAGUUGGCAUUUUUGAACAAGAAGACGAUCUUAGAGUUUUAUUAAAGAAACAAAGAGAUUAUGAUGACUCUGCCGACUCUUUAUUCUCUGAAAGAAGAGCUCUCUCUAAAAAUUAUCAAGAUCUUGUUAUGGAAAUGAUUGGAGAUAAGCAGAUAGAUAAAUAUCUUGACCAGCAAGGAAACAUCCAGAAUAUGGGAUACUGAUUUGCAACAUUUACUCAUACUGAUGAAGCUAAAAGAGCAAUGAUGUUUGCAGAUACUCUAAGGAUUGACACCACAACAAGGAGCAACAAGCACUUGUUCAAUACAUUUGGAGCUAGUCAAAUGCACAUGAAAAAUGAUCUUGGCCACGAAGACUUUAAUAUUGAUUAUCUAAAGCAAAGAACUCUUUCAGAUGCCAAAAUUAUUGAUAAGAAAGAAACACUAAGGAAGGCUAAGCUUAAAUUAAAACAAUAUGAAGCUAAUUUUGAACAAGAAAUGCCAAAGGCUGCCAGACUUCAAAGAAUGAAGAAAGCUGCAAAGGAUGCAAUUGAGGGGAAUCUCCUCUUUGAUAGAGAAUCAUUACCAAGAUCUAGACUUGAAGAAGAACAACUCGAGCAAAAGAUUAGAGAUAUGGAAAAGAGAACUGGUGCAGAUUUUGCUCCUCUGUUUGAUAAUGAACAAAAAGAAAAAGAAAGAGUUGAAAGACACAGAAAAGCACUAGAAACAUAUAAGAGCUAUUCAUUCUUAAAAGCAGGACUAAAGAAGACAGAAUUAGAGAAGAAGUUGACCAAAGAUACAAGGGAUGAUGUUUCUCAAUAUAAAUUCCCUUCUCCAGAUCAAGUAGCUUCAACAUAUAUCAACAAAGAUUACAGAUACUCAAUGUUGAAAGAAGGCGAAGACAAUCUUGCUCCAGGAAGAAAGUAUAAAUUCACUCCAACAGAAUACUUAGAGAAGUACUUUGGAAAAGACUAUCUUUCGGGGCAAUCUGUUGAGAUCACAGAUAGGCCAAUGUAUUCAUUUAAUGAUGAAAUGAAGAGAACCUACAACUAUGCUUCAGUCAGUGAUGAACCAAUUACUAAUUUUGAAAGAAUGCAAGAACUGACAGAUAAGUAUACAAAGCAACGCUAUUUCCAAACCAAAGAUGAGAUGGCUCCUCAUUUGAGAGACGAGAUGACUCUGUUUGGAAAAGAUUUGCAGGUCUCAAGACUAGAGAUUCCAGAUCAAGAAAUUAUCCCUGAUAAUCCUUAUUUGGAAGAAGAUUGGGAAACCAGGAAGCAAAAGAUGGAACAUGAAAUAAAUAAAAAGAAACCUCUUUUCAAAUAUUCUGACUCAGGAGUAUUGAAACAUCAAGAUUUCCUUCGUAAAGAGAAUGCUGAUUUCUCGCUUAAGCAGUUGGAGAAACAUGAGAGAGCUCUUGAAAGAGAAAUUGAACAAAUAAAACUAAAAAGUCAAGGAUCUGAUAAGAAAGAAACAGAAGAAGGCACUGGAGAAAAAUGGAAACCUUCGUUAGAGGACAAGAUUAAAACUCAAGAUAUCAGAGAGAAAGUUUACUCAGAAUUCAUUGAUAGAAAGAAAAUUGAAGCAUUCAAAGAGGGAGAUCUUUCAAAAUACAAUACUACAGAAUUAGAAUUCUUGAAGAAAUAUAAGAAAGUAGCUCUCGAUCCUAAUAUUGAUAAUACUGACGGUGCCCCAUACAGAGACCAAGCUAAUGAAAAUUCUUUCUCUGAAGACAUUGUUCUUGCAAGAGAAGAUCAUAAAGGAAAAAUGAAAAACUUAAUCUUUAAGGCUAAAUUGGAGAAAAGAAUGAAACAAGAGAGUGAAAUAAGAAUCGAUAGCCACUCAAUAAAAGAAAAUGAUAAAAUUUAUAAAGAGCCAAGAGAAGACAUGCAAAAAGUUCAUGAUCAAUACAAAUCUACCAUUCGUGAAGAUAAUGAAGAAUUCUUCUACAGACAUGAGUAUGCGAAGAGGCAUCCAGAAUUGAAAGAAGCAAUUAACCAAGAGGAAUCUAUUAACACUAAAAUAUUUAAAAGAGUCAAUACUGACGAAUUAGCUUUUGAAAAAGGCCUUAAGGCUCAGAAAGACUCCUGGGCUAUUUCAGACAGAAAAUUGGGUUCAUACUUCUCAGAAAAUCUGAAAAAAGGAGACAUUGUAAAGGGAUUAUUACAAAGGAAAGAUCAAUUAAAGAAAGAACAACUCAAUAAAGAUUUGUCAGAAAUUGCCAUAGGCAAUGAUCAAGACUCUCAGGAUCUUUACAAAAGUUAUAUGAGUUAUAAAGGACCUCAGAGAAAGUUAAACAAAGAGGAGGAAAUAGCCGAAAGAGAAAGAGAUUUCCUCAAAGCUGUCGAAAGAAACUAUCAAAAGACUUCCCCAACAGCUCAAAAGAAUUUCCAGGAUUAUGAAGAUUAUAAGAGAAGAAUCCAGACAGAGAUUGAUGAAUAUGAGGGAGUUGACAAUGAUGUUACCCAAAUAGAUAAUGACCUAAGCACAAGAGAUUGGUAUUCCAAGGUUUGGACAGGAAAGAUCACAAACAAAGAAUUUGGAGAUUACAUGUAUGAUUCAAAGAAGGUUAAGGACAAGCUAGGACAUGACAAAACUAUUUAUUCUCAGAAGACAAACCCAGGCUAUGGAAAGAAUGAUUUUGUCUCUUUCGAAGAUAAGGAAAGGAUCUUCAAAGAACUGAUUGAAGUAAAGAGAAGAAAAUCAGUUCUUCAGGGACUAUGCACAGAAGCAGAAAGUCAUAAAUACAUUGAGCAAAUUAGCGAAAGUUAUGACAAAAUAUUCAGAAAAAUUUCUGAACCUCAAAUUCGUGAGAACAUGGAUGAGUAUGUGGAAAUUGUCAAGGCAGCAACUGCUGGAGAACAAGUGAGAGAAUAUUAUUUUGAUCCAAAUCAAGGAGUGAGUAUAGAAGAGCACUUAGAAUCAGUGAAGAAAGUCUAUCCAGAUGCAAAGAUAGAGUCGUACUGAGAUGACGAUGGCUUUACUGUUGUCAAGAGAACAUCACAGAAUAAAUACAAGUAUGAUCUCAACCAUCUGCUUAAUUAUGCUCCGAAUGAAGUAGAGAGGAAAUACCAUCAAGGUGUUAAAACAAUGAUUGAUCAAAACAAGAUUACUAUUAAAAAUGAGGAGGAUUUAGUUAGAUUUAUGGAAAAUCCCAGAUAUAAAGAAUCAGAACUGUACCAAGAACUGAUGAACAUCCAGGAAAAAUAUGGGGACAUCAUUGAUGACAUUGACACCUUCAAAAGUGAGAUUAGAGAACAGAUUGAGCUUAAGAAAUUGAGAUAUAAAUACUUCAAGAAAUUAACUCCUGAAGAUUUUGUCAAGCCUCAGAUUCCUGAAGAAGUUACAAUGGAGAAGCUUAAAGAAUCUUAUGAACAGAGAAUUCUAAACUAUGAGGCUGAACUUGACAUGAGUGAUAAAAACAAAGACUACCUCGAGAGCUUGAAAGGAAAUAAGCAGGCUUAUGAUGAAGCCUUUAUAGAUCCACAAAUUAGAAUCCUAUCUAAAGGCCAGUACAAGAAGCUAAGAGAAGAAGUAAAGGAAACCAAACAAGCAAAAUCAAGAUUAUUAAAACAAGGGUUCCCAUCUUUGGAGAAUUACGUUUAUCUCUAA